GGCAGCUUCUGACGUCAGGGCGGGGCAGCGUGCGCACGCAACAACCGCGAAAAUUAAAAAUAACAACAAUAAGUACUGGAUAUUUUUCGUUUGAGUUGCUAAUUUAGACGUAGCCGAAUUAACAAGGAAAAAGGUGGAGAAACAUGGAGGGAGCGUCGACGAGAGGUGUUUUGAGCCACCUGAGUCUGCUGGAAGUUCAGGCCCGCAGCCGGGGGAGUCAGGUCCCACAGCAGCCGAGUCGAGUGAAGGAGCUAAAGGCUAAAGUUGAAGCGUUGACCUCGCAGAGAGAUCAGCUGAAGGCAGAGCUGCAGAUACACAAGAAGCUCCAGAAACUGAGAGCACCUGUAGACAAACAGCGAGUAGAUGGAGAAGACGAGGAAAUGGACGUAGACUCGGAGAGCUCAGAGUUGUUCCACCUGAUGGCCAGACACUCUGAGCUGAUGGAUCUUCUUCAUGCUCACAACCUCAUUGGUGGGUAUGACGCCAUCACAACAAACAGAGGGAAAAGCAUGUGCUUCUCUCUGGCGACCCAGUACGAGGGUGUAUAUUUGGACACCUACAACCUGGAGCUCAACCUGAAGCCAAACGUUAGGAUCAGCCGCCACAACAUCCCGCCUUUCAUUCCUCUGAACAGCCUGGCUGAGCAGAGCGACUUGCAAACCGACGUCAGGGCUUUUCUGGCCACAGUCAGCCAGCAUCUUAAUGCGUUUGCAGGCCGCAGGCAGCAGCUGAAGCUUGUGAAGGAGCAACACAAGUCCGUUGAAGUGAUGGAAAGCAAUCUGUUGUGUUCGAUACUGGUGCUGAUGUUCACUGUGCCCAAGAAGACACCCUUGCUCUGCACGUUGGAGUACACUGACCACACCAGGUGUCUUCCUACUCAAGUCCACCUGAACUGCGAAGACGAACUGCUUCCCGACUCUCCGAAGUGGAAGAAAAACUGCAGCCUACUGAUGGAGGUUCCUGUGCACAGAGCUUUAACGGCCAUAAAGAAAGCUAGCGAUAUUAUUUAAUUUGUUCUCCAGUAUGUAAAUGAUUACUGUUUGAUGUACGUAAUACAGGAGUUUGCUCAAAAGGUCGGUUUUGUGUAAAAUUGACUUUUUUUAACCUUACAGCAUGUCACAAUGUUUUUCCCUCAUCAGAAACUCGGUCGCGCUGACCUCCGUGAUCUGAAUUUUACCGUUAACAAUCGGUAAAAUUAGUUUCUGGCGUGGAAGCGUUCUGCAGGUGCAGCUGUGCUGUUUGUGCAACGUUUAUAGUUUAUUCUGGAGCUGCAGCGCCCCCUUCUGGUUCUAGACUCUUAUCUCAAUUCUCCCUUCAGCACAAGUCAACUAUAUAAUUGUUCCAUCAUCUCCAAGAACUGAAAGAGGAAAACUGUUUCCAAAUUUUCCUAGUUUUACUUUUCUUAAAUGUUUUCUUUCUUGAUUGUGUGCAGUUUUCAUAAAACAGUUUAACAAGCAAAUCUGCUGCCAGAUUUGCAAGCACUUUGGCGGUUCAAUAGCCCAUUGAUAGUGGGCAUGUGCUGUCCACCUCUUAUAAUGGUGACAUUAUACUGUAUGUUUGGGAAGAAAUUAACACAUCCAGUAACUAAAUACACAGAAUUUUGUUUUUCCAGAUUAACACAUGGAUUGAGCAUAAAUACAUGAAUCACAUUAGUCCAUGAAACGUGUAUGAUUAUGUCAAGAACAAACAAAGCUGGGGCGCCAUCCAUUUAUUGUUUAUGCCAACUUAAUCCUUGUCCCUAAAGAUUGUCUAAAAGGUUUAUUUGAUUUCAGGUUGAAAAAAUUAGCACAAGGAAAUGUUUUGAUUUAUUGAUAUUGGCAUGCUCUGAAAGUGAAAAUAAUAAAUGGUACAUAAUAUA